AUGUCUGACUGGAUCGUCUAUAUUUACUCAAACCUGUGCUCUGUUCCCUGGCUGGGCAGUGCAGCAGCAGCAGUGGCUCCCGUUUCUCCUCCUACACCUGGUCACUACCAUGUCCUCAACCGAGGGUGUGGAGAAACGCAGUUCGGCCGGCAUAGGGAGACAUACUGCCUGGUUGGUGGCUACCGGGCCUAUGGGGAUGUUCCUCUGGCCACGCCAGCAAAGGUGGAAGCAGAGAAGCCAGUCCCCAGACGUGCUCCCAAGAGAGAGUGCGCUCUGAAAGAGUCACACGAAGACCUGCGUUGCACCAGACCCAAAAUCUGGCGAUUGCAGUAUUCAAGCAGUUUAGGAAUACAAGGUGCUUUGAUUCUCAAGCAGGAUGGUCCCACCUCUGGGCACAUCCCCUCUGCAACAGCCCCAGUAAACGAAGGUCCCAUCUUUGCUUUUUCAAGACCGGCAACAGGGAGUCUUAGAACUACUUCUGAAACACAAUUGAUACUUGUUAAAUUAUUAUUUAGUAAUAAAUGA